CUAAAGCCCAACAAGAACCCUAUUCUUCACCCUCGCACCCACCAACUAUGGCGGCCACAACUACCGCCGCCGUCGUCGCCGUCUCUCCGACCACCAACUCAUCCCUCUCCACUCUCAGAAACCCAAAGCCUGCGCCUUUCUUCUCCACCCCAUCAUCCUCAGUUCCACCGAAUCACAAGCCCCUCCACCUCGCCACCACCCACUUCAAAACUCUGACCCCGGUCCGCUCCUCCUCCGGCCCCUCCGAUCUCUCUCCCUCCUCCUCGUCCGCCGCCAACCCACUCUCCCUCAAGUCCCGCCUCCGCGCCGGCGAGACCCUCUACGGCAUCUUCCUCCUCUCCUUCUCCCCCACCGUGGCCGAGAUCGCCGGCCUCGCCGGCUACGACUUCGCCGUCGUGGACAUGGAGCACGGCCCCGGCGGGGUCUCCGACGCCCUCCACUGCCUCCGCGCCCUCGCCGGCACCGCCACCCCGGCGAUCCUCCGGCUCCCGGAGAGCUCCCCGGCCUGGGCGAAGAAGGCCCUCGACCUCGGCCCGCAGGGGCUGAUGUUCCCGAUGAUCGACAGCCCGGAGCUGGCCCGGGACGCGGUGUCGUACGCCCGCUUCCCGCCCCGCGGCGUCCGCGGGGCAGCCCACCCGGUGGUCCGCGCCUCCAAGUACGGGAUCGAGGAAGGGUAUUUGAGUAAUUGCGAGGAGGAGCUCCUCAUCAUGUGUCAGGUGGAAUCCCAACAAAGCGUCAGAAAUGUCGAACAGAUCGCCGCCGUCGACGGGGUGGACUGCAUCCAAAUGGGGCCGUUGGAUCUGAGCGCGAGUAUGGGGUACCUCUGGGACCCGGGGAACAAGAAGGUGAGGGAGACGAUGAGGGCGGCCGAGAAGGGAGUGCUGGGAUGCGGCCGGGCGUAUCUGGCGGGCUUCGCGAUGCCGUUCGACUCGCCGGACGAUCUGAGGAAGAGAGGGUAUCACAUGGUGUCGGGUGCGGUGGACGUGGGGCUGUUCCGGAACGCCGCCGUUGAGGACGUGAAGAGGUUUCGGAUGGGGUUGGAGGGUCAGAGCAGCGACAGCGAUGGCGAGAGGGUGGAUGGGAAGGAUGCUGAUGAGAAGUACUGGAGUGAGUGAGAGUGAGAUGGAAGAAGUUGAAUGGCAUUUCAAGCUGCAGUAAAAAAAAUAUCCGCGUUCGGUUUUUUCGGUCUUUUUAAUCAAUUUUGUAUAUUUUGUGGAAUAUUUAUUCUGGAGAAAUGCUGAAUCAGAUGAAGUUUACUCGCUUUCCUUGACUGAAGUUUGUAAUUUUCCUUGUUUCUGAUUGCAGCAAUGUUAUUCGGUUCUGGUAA